AUGAGUAACAGCGAGCUUCUUACCGUCGAGCCUCUCGAUCUUCAGUUCCCUUUUGAAUUGAGGAAGCAGAUCUCAUGCUCUCUUUACUUGACCAACAAGACCGACAAUCAUGUCGCCUUUAAGGUUAAGACAACGAAUCCUAAGAAGUAUUGCGUUAGGCCUAACACUGGAGUUGUUCCUCCACGGUCCACUUGUGAAGUUCUUGUGACAAUGCAAGCUCAAAAGGAAGCUCCUUCUGAUAUGCAGUGUAAGGACAAGUUUCUGCUUCAAGGUGUAACUGCUAGUCCUGGUAUCACAGCCAAGGAUGUUACUCCUGAGAUGUUUAGUAAAGAGGCUGGGUAUCUAGUUGAGGAGACUAAGCUGAGAGUUACUUAUGUUACUCCACCACAACCACCAUCACCUGUUCAUGAAGGUUCGGAAGAGGGGUCUUCACCUAGGGCUUCUGUUUCUGAAAACGGACAGGCUUCUGAAUUUUCUUUUCAGAGAUUUAGCGCAGACAAGGUUGAGCCUCAAGAAAAUACAUCUGAGGCAAGGGCUCUCAUCACAAAGCUAACCGAGGAUAAACAGUCUGCCAUUCAACUGAACAACAGACUUCAAAGAGAACUGGAGCAAUUGAGGCGUGACAGCAAGAGAAGCCAAAGUGGUAUUCCUUUGAUGUACGUUCUUCUGGUCGGACUAAUCGGUCUAAUUUUGGGAUACAUUAUGAAGAGCACAUAACCACCACCACACUCCACCUCGAGCUUUUAGUCCCACACAUCGCCACAAACUUAUUUCUUAACUCAUUUUUACCACUCAGACAUUUUUUUUCUCUCUUUCUGUACUUGAAUAUCUCACCUAAGAAAGGUGCUUCUAAAUUAUUUGUGUUACAGUAGUAUCAUAACUCAGUCUACUUUCUUUUUAACUUUCUUUCUUUUGUAAUCCAAAAUUUUUUCCUGCUGAUUUCUUUAUCCCUGACAGAUUCCAAGACAGAAAAGUUUAUGAGAGGGAUG